AUGACCCUGACACUCGGCAUCCUGCUGCUGCUGGGACUCUGCCAGAGUACCAUUUCAGAGGAUUCCUUAUUCCCCGUAGGCCAUUUUGAUGAUAGUCUGACGUUUCAAUUGCCCAUGCAGGAAUAUGAGACCAAAGACUUUUUCCCACCUGAUUCCUUCAACAGUCUCUUUAGGAUGGUGAACUACUUCAUCCAGGUGGUGCAGCCCAACGCUUUCCCAAAGGAUAUUAUAAGAAAACUAGUACAAAAGAAGUUUGAACUGUCAAUGGAUUAUGGGAAGCCAGAAAGCGUGGUGUUGACUCUGCAGGUCAUCCAGUAUGAGCUCGGGAUUCUUCUCUGUGCCCUCCUGGGACUGCUCUUUGCCAUCCUCAUGCCGCUGGCUGGGCUGUGCUUCGGCCUGUGCCGCUGCAACCGCAAGUGCGGCGGAGAAAUGCACCAGCGCCAGAAGCGGAACGAGGCCUUCAUGAGGAAGUACUACGCCCUCUCCCUCCUGGUCCUCUGUCUGCUUAUGAGCAUCGGCGUCAUCUAUGGUUUCGUGGCAAACAACUACUUCACAACUCACACCAAAAAGACCUAUAGCCUGGCCGACAGCAAUUUCAGAGACCUGAGGACUUUCCUGAACCAGACUGAACCGCAAUUGAACUACGUGCUUGCCCAGUUCACCACCACGAAGAAAAGGGCCUUCUCAGAUCUGGACAAUAUUAAGACAUUGCUAGGAGGCAACAUUCAGGAACAACUAAGACCUCAUGCGCUCCUCGUUCUUGAUGACAUCAAGGCCAUGGCAAAAGAGAUCCAAGAAACCAGUGUACUCCUUUUGCACAUGGAGCAAGUCUUAUGGGAGUUGAAGAAUGGUAUGGAAGGGAUCUACAAAAACCUGUAUCAAGUGAAAAGCAACGUGGAACAGUCCCUCAAGGACCCCAUGUGCAACCUGUCCUCCGUGAGUGCCAAGUGCAAUUCCAUCAGAAUGACUCUGGGCCAGCUGGACAGCAACAUCAACCUGGACCUGCUCCCGUUGUUGAGUCCAGAAAUUGAUCGCAUUAAUGUUGUUCUCCAGACAAAUCUAUCCAGCCUGCUCAAAAUGGGCUAUACCUCCAUUAAUAAUAUACCAGAGAGAGUGCAAAACCAAACCAAGGACAUAAGAGUAGCUCUCAGAAGGACCUUGAAUGACAUUGGUUUAAAUAUCGUAACGAUAAAACAAAAGGUUCCCAUUCAGGAAAAGCUGUCCGUUCUCUGGAAUCACAUCGAUAACCUUGAAAGUAUCAUCUACAGCAAGAUACCUAGGGUGGAAAAAUAUGAGUCAUACAGGUGGCUGAGUUGCUUGAUUGCCUGCUUUUUCCUGGUUCUCAUCAUAAUUUUUUAUUUCCUGGGCAUGUUGUGUGGCAUUGUUGGCUAUCACCCGAAUGCCACCCCAAUCACACGAGGCUGCGUCUCAAACACUGGAGGCAUCUUCCUCAUGGUUGGGGUUGGAGUUAGUUUCUUUGUUUCUUGGAUAUUGAUGCUCUUUGUGACUCUUACUUUUGUCAUUGGUGCAAAUGUGAAAGAAUUGGUCUGUGAACCUUACCAAAACAUGGAGUUAUUCCAGAUCGUGGACACACCAUAUUUAAUAAAUGAAAAUUGGAAAUACUAUCUCUCUGGCUUGAUACUUAACAAACCGGAUAUUAGUCUCAGUUUUGAACAAGUUUACAGGGACUGCAAAGACAACGAGGGCUUCUACACCGCCCUGCAGCUGGAGCACAUCUACAAUGUCAGUGAGCGUCUUAACAUCGAGGAGCACAUCAGACACCUGAACGCUGAAUUUAAAAAGAUAAAGCUGAACCUUGACAUUGUCUUGCUAAGCAAAGAAGGAAGAAAAAACCUUCUGGAUUUCAGUGACUCGGGAGUGGAGCAAAUCAAUUAUGACAAUUACUUGGCUGAGACAGCUAAAUUGGUAACCAAAGUGGAUCUCUUAACAUAUGCAACUGAUUUAACAGCACAAACUAACAAGUUGCCCCCUGGAGAAUUAAAAUCGUCCCUGGAAUUUAAUGCAAACAAGCUCAGAACCAUUCACCUUACCCAGGUCCUGCCUUUGGAACCGGAACUGAGAGAACUACACAUGAACUUCCAGAAGCUUCAACAAAAAACCAAUGGAUUGAAGGUGAAAGUGACCAAGAUUGUUGACUCUUUGGAUUCUACUCAGCAAUUCAUCACAAACAAUCUUCCAUCUAUUAUUAUGCAAGAAAGUAAAGUGUUCUCGGCUAUCAUCAUUUCAUAUUUUGAACAUUAUCUUUACUGGGCCAAGACCUCUGUCACAAGGAACAUCGCAGCCUGCAAACCUCUGGCCACUGCUUUAGAUUCUGUGGUUGACAUCUUUCUGUGCAAGUUCAUUACCGAGCCCAUGAAUUUGUUAUGGUUUGGCAUAGGAAAAGCUACCAUACUGCUACUUCCGGCUAUAAUUAUUGCUGUGAAGCUGGCCAAGUACUAUCGAAGGAUGGACUCGGAGGAUAUCUAUCAAGAGUAG